AAACCCACAACUCCACAGCACAUGAAGCCCCGCCCACUGCAGAACUCAAUAACAAGUGCUUUCAGUUUCGUUUUGUGUGAAAUGUGAAGUGAGUAAAGCAGAGAGGAGACACCGAGAGACACCGAGAGACACUCCGAGACCCUGAAGGACCCUGAGAGCCCCUCACUCGCCUGCUAUCUGAAGCUAGAAGUGGAAAUAAACUUUCAUUAGUCAUGCACGAGCCGAUGGAGGUCCAAAAUUCAACUGAUACACAAAAUCCGAGUCGGUUCAGAAACCGAAGUGAAGACGAACCAUCGACACAAUCCAGCACUGCCAAAGCCACACAGCGGUCAUUUGCCCCCCUUGUUGUUCCUGCACAACCUUCUCACCAACACUCUGACCAACAAAACCUGCAUCAGGACUCAGCUACAGCAGGUCCAGGAGCUAAUCUUGAUGUUCCACCUGCUGCUCAGAUGUUGCCAACAACCUCUAAUAAUCUUACUGCGGGACAAAAGCCAGACUCUUCCAACAUGGGAGCGUUGCAAGACCAGAAGCCAUCAGAGGAUCAGGCACGCCUCUCUUCUGCUUCACAGGAUCCGGAUACAUUGGAUCAGAAGCCAUUGGAGGAUUGGGCACGCCUCUCUUCUGCUUCACAGGACUGGAAUAAAUCAGGUGAAGAAGCAAAAAAUCAUCCCGCUGCUGCAGAUGUUACAGAGAUGUCUUCAUCAGCGUCUAAGAGUUCUGAUACAACAUACAGGAAACGAUCAAAAAACCUCAUAACGGGAGAGCCUGCGAAUCAGAUGAAGGACAUGAAUACAUCACCUGAUGAUGAUGGUCCUCCCACUGACGCUGGAGAUCAUACACAGAAUUCUGUUACAAAACACAAGAAAGAUUCUGUCAGUCAGAAGGAUCCAACAGAUAACGAUGGACUAGAACCCUCAGCACCUCAGGAUGUUGCAAAGGUUUAUAUAAAAGUGCACUGGGAAGGAGAAAUACCUUCAAGGUGGAAAGCUCAUCUGCAAAAAGCUCUUCAGUCCUGGUGUUCUCAGCAGUCUUCUGAAUGCACUAUUAAUGUACUUCAACUUUCCGAUGAUGGACGCACUGCAGAGGUGGAGAUCACGCCAUCAACUGCUUUACAGGGAAUAAAAACUGCAACUUUAACAUUCAAGCAGUUUCCCAAUAAAACUGCCACAGUAGACUUUCUGGAAGAUGCACCAAAGUCUGUGGAUAAAGUUUCCAGGCCGAAGAUGAACACACCUGAUGCAGACACGACUUAUCCAGAAACAACUCCAUCUCAGCUCAAGAAGGAUGCUGAAGCUGCUUCUAAUGAUGCAGGACACACUGAGAUGUCCAGAGCUUCUCAUGAUCUUACUGUCCCUCUCUUUUUGUACUGGUACCUGAACCAAGCUUACAGGAAGGAAGUGGAACAAAUUGAGAAGAAGUUUGGAGUUAAAAUAAAUGCAGAAAGUCAUGUUUCAAUCUCUGCUGAGAAAACGAAUGAGAAGAGCGAGAGUGAUCCUGUCAGUAGAGCUACAAAGGAGUUUUCUGAUCUUGUACAGAAUAUUAAUGAGACUCUCAAAUCUGUUCAUGUCCCUCAAAAACACAUGGAGUCUGAUAUUAUGAAAGAGACACUGCGUAAUAUUCCAAAUGAACAGCACAAGCUCGUGCUAAGUCUGUCAGCAAAUAACUACCUGCUGUUUGGGCCAAAAGAAAAAACAUCAGUGGUUGCAAAGAGGUUACAUUUGGAUCAAGGUGUUUCAACAUCAUUUAUCCCCAGCAAGUCACAUAACACUGAGAGUGACAUCAGGGAGACUUCAAUGCAGGCCGCUCAGAACCUGGACAUGGACAUCAAGGACACUCAAGCUCCAGUUGAGAUGGAUGAGGCACACUGGCGUCUGAUGAAGGUUGUGUUUCAGAAACAGAUUACUGAGAUUGAAGAUAAAUAUGGAGUUCGGAUUGAUGGUGAACCUGUCCAAGGACUGAUUAAGGUGUCGGCGCAGUCCAGAGGAACUCAGCAGGUCAAUCUUGAAGCUCACGCUCUCAGUGCCUUAACUCGUCUCUACCAAAAGCUAGUCACAUCAGCAGUCACCUGUGAACUUGAAAAUCCUUCCGACACUGAAAGAGUGUCCCGGGCAUUUGAAAUAAUUUGCCCUGUCCACGCCCAUGUUGGUGGAGGAGAAAGUAACGGAAGCUGGAAACUUUUUGGACUGCCAAAGCAUCUCAUUCCUGCUAUAGAUGCUAUUGAGAAGAUUAUUGGACAUCCUGUAUUUGAUGAGAAGACGAAGCAAAUGUUUGGAUAUCCAUGGGAUUUUCCACAGGCAAGUGGGUUUCAGAGAGGACAAAUGAGGCUGGAUGUGAAGAGAGGGUCACAUGGUCCUGACUUCAGAAAUGGACCAGAGAAGAAGUCUGAUUUUAACCAAGAUUUCCCAAAUAAAGCAAAAGAAAACGGUAAAGAAAAUGAAAGUGAAGAAGAUAAAUGUCCGAUUUGCUUGGAUACGUUUACUCAAAAGACAAAACUGGACUGUGGUCAUGAGUUCUGUGAGGAGUGUCUGGAACAGUCAAUCCGGAGCAGAGGAAAAAUUUGCGCUUUGUGUCAGAAAGUCUUUGGGAUAUUAAAAGGAAACCAGCCGGAUGGAAAAAUGGAUGUCAGACAUUCCAGGUACCCAGAGCUCCCUGGAUUUCCUCACUGUGGCACGAUCACCAUUUCUUACGACAUACCCAGUGGCAUUCAGACAAAUGAACAUCCAAACCCUGGAGAACAUUACUCUGGGACUUCUCGCACUGCGUACUUACCGAACAAUGCUGAAGGAAACCAUGUGCUCUCACUGCUGAGAAGGGCUUUUAAGCAGAAACUCAUUUUCACUGUCGGAGUCUCCAGAACAACUGGAGCAGACAAUAUGGUCAUCUGGAAUGAUAUUCAUCACAAGACGAAUACACACGGUGGACCUCAAAGUUACGGCUAUCCAGACCCUGACUACUUAAAACGGGUGAAGGAAGAGCUGAAGGCCAAAGGCAUCGAGUAAAGAUGAAAAAUGCAGAAUUCUGAAGUCAUAAUUUACAUAAAGCUUUAAUACUUUAAAAAUUAAAAACAAACAAAAAAAUCAAUACAAAUAUAACUGUAUCUGGUGUCAUAAAGAAAAGUAUAUGAAAAUGCUUAAAUUAAAGUUACUUUUAACAGGGCAUAACCAGCAUAAUGCAGAUUAUUAUUCAGGUGAUGAAUUGUUAUCGUUAAUAUUUUUGUUUGAUGGAUUUCUUUUCCUUUGAAUUCAGUUUUCUGUGUCUUCUGUUUUUACUGCAUCGUAGAAAAGUUAAUGCAGCUUAUUUUAAAUAAUUUGCUUUUGUUUAGUAGUUUCAGAUUGCCUGUGAUAUUACAUGCUGGACUGGUGGAUUCUCAAAAAUAAAUUAAAAUACAAGUAGAUCAUAUAAAUUAUGAAAACAUCUCAAAUUUUGAUUAAUGACUUAUUUUCCCAUAGCCCCCCCCCCAAAAAAAAAAGAGAAACCGGCAAUGGCAGAAAAUGUCCAUGAUACAAAAUAAAUAACGUAACCAUAAGUCAGUAAUGAUUUAUAAAUCACACUGUUAUCUUUCAUCCAGAGGAGGAUGGGUUUCCUUACAGUCUGUUUCCUCUUAAGGUUUCUGCCUCAUGUCUUCCCGGAGAGUUUUUCUCUCAACACUGCUGUAUCUGUCCAUAUUAACACCGCACAAAUAAAUACAAAUAAAAGUGACUUGAUUUAAACCCA